UCCGCACGGGCUUCCAAUCCGCUCUCGCGCGCUCUCUCUCCCGAUCCGGUGUGUGCGCUGAUGCCGCAGCUCAAGCAGCCCCUCUCUCUCUCUCUCUGUUAUAACACAGCAGUCAUGGCGACAAUGACAGUCCAAACGCUUACCCUGGAGCGAGAUGUUGCCAGGGCGAUUGAGUUGCUGGAAAAAUUACAGGAGUCAGGUGACGUCCCAGGUCACAAGCUGCAGUCCCUGAAGAAGGUCCUACAGAGCGAGUUCUGCACAGCCAUUAGAGAGGUUUACCAAUAUAUGCAUGAAACGAUAACAGUGAAUGGCUGUCCGGAGUAUCAAGCACGUGCCACGGCCAAGGCCACGGUGGCGGCGUUUGCGGCCAGCGAGGGUCAUUCCCACCCGCGAGUGGUGGAGCUGCCCAAGACGGAUGAGGGACUGGGCUUUAAUGUGAUGGGCGGUAAAGAGCAGAACUCGCCAAUUUACAUCUCUCGCAUCAUUCCCGGUGGUCUGGCCGAGAGGCACGGGGGCCUUAAAAGAGGAGAUCAGCUCCUGUCUGUCAAUGGAGUGAGCGUAGAGGGUGAACACCAUGAGAAAGCGGUGGAGCUCCUGAAGGCGGCCAGAGACAGCGUCAAACUGGUGGUACGCUACACGCCUAAAGUCCUGGAGGAGAUGGAGGCCCGAUUCGAGAAGCUCCGCACCGCCCGUAGACGCCAACAGCAGCAGCUCCUAAUCCAACAACAGCAACAGCAGAACCUGACCGUUCAACAGAACCACAUGUCGUAGGCUGUUUCAAAAGAAGAAAAAGUAGAGGACAUAAGGUGAGACCGGCUCAAUCUCACAAGCGUGAUGGAGGUCCAAGAAGAGAUCUCGGAGGAGGACCCUUACUGUUCUCCAGUGAAGACUAUCGUACUACCUACAACUUAAAAGGUUGAAAACUUUAUGAUCUUUGUCCCAUAUUGGUGCUUGGAAAAACAUACAUGGCAGCAGAGAGAGAAAGACUACACGGUUUUAAACCUAAUGUUCAUAUUUCAGUUUUCUGGAUCCAGUCGUGGAGUUGUGACCCUCUUCAAAUGUCUUUCUUUUAGUUUUGUGACAACUUGACAUGUGUUUCUGAAGCAUUCGUUUUUUUCUAUUUCGUUGCCACUGCUUUGUGCUUUAACCUUUCGAAGGGUGCUUGUGUUUUUGUGACUAGAAAACGCUUUUUACGUCAGAUGUCCUUGACUGGAUAACACUGAGGUAUUUUAUACCAUACUGUAGCAAGAAGUAUUUUGUAAAGGAUGUAGAUUUAGCAAUAACACUUGUUUUGUCACAUUUUAUUGUAAAACGUAUGGAUAUAAAGUUCACUUAACUGAAAGGGGGUUGAUUCUUACGAUCAUAAAAAUCAUAAUUAAACUGUAUCUUAUGCACCGUGUGACAUAAGUCAGGCCAUAAACAUCAUUUGCACAUGUUUCCUUUAACAUCACAGAUUAAUUUGUACAUUGGAUAUAUCGUAUAGCAGAUACAUUACGUAUAUUGUAUUGUAUAUUGUUGACAGAUGUAUGGUUUCAAUGCAGUUGGCAAGUUUACUGAAAUUAAAUCUAAAUCAGAUUCUAUUUACGUUAAUAUAAAAAAUAAGUAUGAAUGUUAAACACAUACAUGAUUUCUACAAAUCAUAACAUAGUAAUAUAUUAUUUAAACCUCUAUUUCUACUUUAUUAUCGUAAAGGUUUUAAAGUUGUUGAUUGUGUCCUUCUUUAUAUUAAAAAUAUCCACGUCAUGUCCUAUUUCGACAAUCAAUUCACAAAGAAACCAUUUAAACCAUGACUGCACCGUUUAGUUUUAAAAUAGCAUUUUUUUGCAUAAGCAUAACUUGCAAAAAUAUCUAUUCAUUGCAAUGCUGUAGUUGUACUGUUAGUUGAAUUCAGAUAGAAGCAAAACUGUAUAUCAGCAAGUAGUUGAUGACCACCAUCAGUAACCCAAGGUAAUAUUAUAUCUGUGUUGUUAUUUCAUUUGAUGGUUUUCCUGCGUAGGACUUUGCUAGAUAUUUAACUUAGUUCCACUGUUGGUUUUUGAGUGAUCUUAAACUGUGGGUAACAUGUAAACGUAUCAUCCUAUUAGACGAAACCACGCAAAGCUGUGAAGUUGAUUUGUUCCUGACUUUCGAUGAAUUCAUCUAAAUGGAUCCUCUUCCCUUUUAUAUGUUUACUUAAAGACUUUCUUAUUAAUGACUUGCAUUUUUGAGGCUGGAAAAGCUGAUGUUAUUAUACAGCGAGAAAAUAACUACCAAGUGAUAUGCAAUUGUUAUACAUAUUAUAUUUGUAUAAAUAAAUAUAUGUGCGUGUGCAAUGCUUC